CCUCCUUCCCUCUGCAUCAGCUCUCGUGACCAGUCCCAAUCCACUCUCCGACAUGCUCUCGCAGACAUGAAUCACUGUCGCGGGAGCCAUGGCUGCCGUCGAGUCUCUCGAUAGCGAUAGCGACUAUGGCUACGAUUUCACGCCCGAGGAGGAACUCGAGUUAAUUCGACUCGCCACCGACGCCGGGCCCAGCCUCGCUCACACGCCCCCCGCCUUAUGCAAAGACCCGAGCGUACGCGCUGCGAUAGACGCGAUACCAGAUCAUGCAGAGGGAAGCACUCAACCACGCGGCUCUGAGGCCCCUCAGUGCACAUGCUCGCGUCUCUGCAUCGUGCAUCAUCAGGCAUCUGACAGCCGGCUCGUCCCCCCGGCGUCUACUACUACACCAGCCGCCGAUGAGGACAUCAGCUACCCGGAUCCGCCUAGUGAGCCGCGCCCUGUCCGAACUGGAAAAUGUCCAGGUUCCUGCUCAGGAGUCUGCCGACGUCGACUCCGGCGACCUUGAAGACCAGCGCUCACCACUCCAACGCUUCCGCUCGUAUCCCCGCAAACCCCUCACUGUCAGCGACCUCACCUCGGGCGCUUGGUGCGAGCUGCAGUACUGGUACACACUGACCCGUCUUCCCGGAGGGCGGCGCACCCGAACCGCCGCCAUGCGGCAGGGGUCCAAAGUCCACCGGAAGCUCGAAGAUCAAGUCCAUACCACUGUGCCCAUCGAGAUUGCGAGCAAGGAGGACGCAUUUGCUCUACGGCUAUGGAACCUAGUCCAGGGACUGCGGACGUUGCGACAGACGGGCCUGACACGCGAACUCGAGGUCUGGGGGACUGUCGACGGCAACCUGGUCAAUGGUGUCAUCGAUGGAGUCAGCCACGAGCAUCCGAACCCCGAGUUCGAAGAAGAGCUGUCCAGCCAAGCCUCCCAGCCUGAUUCCAAGCAAUCUGCCCUGACAGACUACUUCCCAUCCAAGAAAAAGUCAGCCCUGCCCAAGGUCUACCUCACCGAUGUGAAGACGCGCGGGAGUCGUGCCCCGGUAUCCAAGUCCCUGCUGCGGCCGGCAAAGAUCCAGCUGCUUCUCUAUCACCGCUUCCUAUCCGACAUGGCUUCCGAGAAGCUUGAUUUUCUCAAAGUUUUUCGAAGAUACGGCUUGGACCCGGACGAUCGCUUCACAGACGCGUUCCUGGCGCAGAUUGGGGACCUUCAUGACGAGGUGUUUUACGACGCGCCGCUGAGCCCGGCCGACAUGGAAGACAACAUUCGCGGCGCCACCACCGCCUCUCAAGCAGACGAUCCGGCUAGCCAUCGAGCCGCGGGACCAGGUGCGAUCCUGGGUGAUGACCUCAUUCGCUACCAGACCCUACGCGACAUGCUCCGCCUCGUCCGAAAGGAGAUCAAGCUUGCCUUCCCCGACGGCGCCGAUUCCCUCGGCGACAUGCUCCGUGUGCAGUAUAUGCUCCGAUCCGACGGACGGAUGCUUGACGUCCACGACUUCCCCGUCUCGGCGCAGGCCCUCGACAGCUACCUGGGUAGCUACAUGGCGUGGUGGCGCGGGGAGCGGCGCGCCAAGGGCGUGGACAUUGAGGAGGCGUUCAAGUGCGGCACUUGCGAGUUCGCCGCCGACUGCGAGUGGCGGAACGCCAUGGAUGAGGAGCGUGUGCGCAACGCUCGUAGUAGAGUCCAGGGGGCUGCAACCUACGACUCGUGAGUUGAUUUAUCACGGGGCAGGUAUUUGCUUCAUGUAUGGGGAAAUGGGUAUCUUAUGUAGCCAUGCUUACACGAUGAUGACACGACGGGUGUAUGGAUAUAAAAUCCGUCAUCAACUAAGCCAGCCGAUGGCGCGGCUUCAAUAUGUAUGGUUAUGGCCAGAUACGCGGAGUACACAGCUAGUUGAAUG